UGGAUCUGGGAGAGAUGGGAACGCGGCAGAGCAAAGAGGCGGUGGAGAUGGAGCCGUGUAAGAAAGAAGCGUGCUUGAUUCAAGCAUGCCUCUCCAAAAAUGACUUUCUCUCUCACAAGUGCCUUAAGGUUAUUGAAAUGCUACAGUCUUGCUGCGAAAAAUGUAAUUACAACUCGACACACUGUGCUUCUCUCUCUGGGCUUCUGAAAACAAAACCUAAAUGAAAAGGCUAUGCAGGUUUCAUUAACUUAGUGUAGCUCUCCAUCUGUAAUCUUCCUGGCAAAUACUCAAGAUCAGCUAAACAUUUGAUAUUGGUUACCACUCCCCACUAGGUGCCACAAGAUUGCUGAUUAAUUUUCUUUGUUUCUUGGUGCUUUGAACUCGUCGCAAGUUUGUGGUAUAUGAUGUAAAUUGAAAGGCUAAUAAUUACCGCUUGAAGCACAGGACUGACAGGAGCAGUAUGUGUUUGAGUUUUAUUUAUGUUUUAGACCUCUUAUAAUGGCAUGGAGAAAAUUUAAGUUUAAUUUCUUUUCAA